CCGGAAUCUCUUAUCGACGCUUCUGGUCUGUGAGCUAAUUGUAGGCUGCUAAGGCGUGACGGGAACCGAACUCUCUCUUCUCGUCUUCCACCAUGUCUGAGAAGCAUCGUUCUGCCGUCGACCUCUCCCAUCACCUAUCUGAUAUCGCGCGCGGCCUGGGGUCGCGUGUCGAGCUUGGUGGUCCGGCGCAGCCAGGUAACAUAAACUUGGACGGAGGUGUUCCCGACGUAGAAUAUCUCCCCAUCGAGUCGAUAACAGUCGAGUAUCUCAAGCCCGCUGCAUUUCCUCUCGCGCCGACCGAUGCCCUGCCGCAUGCCUCUGGUAUGUUCGGAUGGCUGUCGAACAUCUUCUCCGGAAAAGCCAGCAAGACGACCGAAGCCCCCGUCGGUCAAUUCGUCAUCCCACGCCGACUCAGCCCGGGCGAUGAGGGCGUCUAUGAACUAUCCACUGCGCUGGAGUAUAGUUCUAUGAAGGGCAUCGCAGUCGGAACAAAGCUCAUUGAAGACUGGGCUCAAACCGUGCAUAAGCCCGCUAGCGAGGACUGGACAACUCUGAUCAACGUCGGAUCGUCGGCCGCUUGGAGCUCUUGUCUGACAAUCCUGCUCAACCCAGGCGAAUUCUUCCUUACAGACCGUUUUGCGUACAAUGGCGCACUCAUUUUGGGUCGUUCCCGAGGUUUCGAGGCUGUGGCCGUGUCCACCGAUAUAGACGGCCUGUCCGCUGUUGACUUGGAGCACGUUCUCGCCAACUGGGACGAGAAACGUGGAAAGCGACCGCGUGUCAUCUACACACAGGGCGGAAUCCAUAAUCCUUUGGGCUUGCUCAUCUCGGCCCAACGCAAGAAAGAUAUCUACGACGUAAUGGUCCGCUACGAUCUGAUUCUUGUCGAGGACGACCCAUACUAUUUCCAACAAGCUGCGGCCCCCUACAGUCGAGGGAAGCCUAUUGAAAAGCCGACUCUCUCCGAUGAGGAGUGGCUGGACAAUCUCAUUCCGAGUUUCCUUCGCUAUGAUUACCAAGGGCGAGUGAUUCGGCUUGAUACAUUCUCCAAGUCUAUUGGACCCGGUGGCCGACUUGGAUUCUACACCGGAUCACCGAUUUUCCUCGACAAGCUGACCAGUCUGCAUCAGACAUUCAUAUCUUUCCCAUCUGGUCUAUCGCAAGCAAUCUACUUGGGAACCGUCCAUCAAUACGGUCAACAAGGGUUUACUCGUUGGAUCCGUGGACUGACUGCUCAGUAUGAGUUGAGACGCAAGUGGACAAUCGAUGCGCUCUACGAUUCUUUAGAUAUCCACACCCAGGGCUCUUAUUUCAUCGCAUCAGCCCCGAGCCAAGGAGUCAUGACUGAGAAAUCCCGAAAGACGACUUUGCUGAGCUUCGUGCCACCCGAUGGUGGAAUGUUCGUAUGGCUCAACAUCCACUUGCACAAUCAUCCUCGGUACGAUGCAUUGUCGCGAAACACGUCGCCCUCGAAGGCCAAGGAGAUUUUAUCUGCUGAGCUGUCGAGCGCCAUUCUUCGUGGGGGUGUAACUAUGCGUGCUGGCGAGUUGUUUGCCGUCGCCGAUCCAGAAGGACACAGCGGCUCCGGAGAAGAGAGCAUGUUCCUGCGCGCCAGUUUCAGUAGUGGUCCCCAGGAAGACAUCGUGAAGGGAAUGCACAUCUUCGCCCGUGUGCUCGUCCAGUUCUUCGAUAUUGAUCUCACUGCCUUCAUGUCUGCCUUAGAACACGAUGAUCUGGGCAGUGGGAACCUAGAUGACCCUCGCUCUCAACUCGAUAAAACCAUCGACCGAAUCGGAAUGGGGCGUUACCAAUGGGCAUUGUUAUUCCUCUGCGGGUUCGGUUGGCUGGCAGAUAACAUGUGGCUGCAGGCGAUAGCCAUCGUUCUGCCCCGUGUGCAGGCGCAUUACUCUGUCCCAGACGCAUACAUAGGGCUCACCUCCUCCGUGAUGUUUGCUGGGAUGAUGCUCGGCGCGGUCGGAUGGGGUAGCUGUAGUGAUCUAUGGGGCCGGAGCGUUGCUUUCAACGGGACACUCUUCUUCACCGCUGUGUUUGGCAUCGGUGCAGCGUUCACGACGAGCUACACGGGGCUCGCUGUAGUCUUGUUCUUCCUGGGCAGUGCCAUUGGAGGUUCAAUGCCGACCGAUGGCACCAUCAUCCUCGAACAUAUGCCACAGCAGAAAAUGCAUCUCGUCACAUCAUUAUCUAUCUUCUUCUCGGCCGGCUCAGUCGUUGCCGCUGCGAUUGCCCUUCUUGUCGUUCCGCAGAAUUCCUGUUCUGUCGCCGCAUCCGUCUGCGAUCCCACGCUCAAUAACGGGUGGAAAUAUCUGCUCGCUGCGAUGGGUGUCUUGACCUUGGUCAUGUUCAUCGGCCGCAUACUUCUUUUCCGAUUGCACGAGAGUCCACGUUAUCUUGUGCACGCAGGGCGGCCCUCGGAAGCACUCGAAGCACUACAAAUGAUCGCCCUCUACAACGGGUCUUCAAACCUCGCAGGCGAUCUCAAGUUGGAAAACGUUGAGGAUCUCUCAGUCCAGUCUUCUGAUUCGGCUCCAACUAUACGCAAUGGAGGAUACGAACCAAUUCCAGAUGACAUAGAUUUCGCAGAAAGCGGGAAAGAUGCUGAGGGCAAUUGGAUCCAAAGAUGGAUUUCAAGAGUCAAGCUCGUUUUGACCCCUCAGUGGCGACGCACGUCUCUCUUAGUUUGGGGAGCGUGGUGUGGAAUGUCUUUAGCGUACACGAUGUUCAACGUUUUCCUUCCAAAGCUUCUGGAAACAUCCAAAGCGCAGACCAUUAGAGGAACCCUGACUGAUGUGCUAAUUUAUACCAUUGGGGGAUGUCCAGGGGCUUUCGCAAGUCGCCGGUGGUCUCUGGCAGGAAGCACGCUCGUGACAGCCGGAUUCUGCAUUCUUUUCGUGUUUGGUCAGAAACUCGAGAUUGGAAUCCUCACACAACUCAGCACUAUCGGUGUCGGACUGGCAAGCACAACGAUGUGGGCCGUUCUAUACGGCUGGACCCCAGAGAUAUUUUCGGUCAAAGGUGAGGGUCAGUUCCUACCGGUUCACCUGGAGUUCAUCAGACAUAUACAGUCCGAGGAACUGCUUGUGGCAUCGCAUCUGCGCUCUCUAGAAUGUAUGUCACGAUUUGGCACAACAUAUCGCGUUGCUGAUUUGCAUGGCAGUGGUGGCAUAACAGCUCCAAUGCUGGGUGGUUUCCUGCUGCUAGUUAGCCGUGCAGCUCCAGUAUACGCAAGCAUGGUCGUUUUCGUCUUGGCGGCGACCUGUGUGUUGAUGUUGAACGAAGAGGAGGGCGAGAGCAAACGAAAGACUAGGCAACCGCAGCAAAGCGCAUUCCCGUAG